AUGUCUGAUCUGGAAGAGGAUUUAGGUGUUCAACUAAAGGGUUUCAGUAUUAGCAACAAUGGUGAAUCCCGAUUCAGGAGAAACAAAAAGAAUCAACUUUCGAGUUUAGAUGAUCAUAAUGAUUUGGGUUCUGAUUUAGGGUCAUUUCUGAACAAGGAGCCGUCUAGUAUUAACAAUGAUGCCGAUUUGGGUUUGGGUAUAUAUCAUGCUUCUACGACUCCAAGUUCAAUGAAUAUUAAUACUAAUACAAACCGUAAUAAUAGUAGCACAUCUAAAAAAAGCGAUACCCACAAUUACACUGGAUCUCUUGAUGGGGAUUUGGGUGAUGUUCGUGAUUUAUCUUCGUUAACUAUGAAUAAUUUCUCAACUUCGAAUUCAAUCACAUUUAAGAAGGCCACUACUUUUUCUUCAACUCCUUCUAAAGAAGUGUUAGCACUUCCUGAUGAUGAUAGUAUAGACAGUAAUGGCUUGACUCACAAUUUUAAUACAAACAAAGAGAUACCUACUAAUAGAUCAAUUAUAGGCUUGGACCAUCAAGAUAAGCAAGACCAUUCACAUUCGUUUCAAGAAAAGCAUGAUGAGGAAUUAAAAAAAUUAGAUAACUCUUCGCAUGUUAUUAAAACUGAAGCCUCUGCAUUAAAUAAUACUAAAAUUAAUACUCUAGAGAGUAUAAAUCUGCAUGUUACUUCAUAUAAAUCUACGAAAAAUAAUAUCUCUAUACAAGUACAAGACAAUUUAUCAGAAUUACAAAAGGACGGUGUGUCACCAAUCGAUGUUGAGCCAACUAAUGACAACCAAAAGCCUGAUUCUGAUUCUGAUUCUGAUUCUGACUCAGGCUGGCAAAAUAUGGAAACAAUUGCCUCCUAUAAUGUUUAUAAUCAAAAAGGUGAACUAGAAAUUAAAAAUUAUAAAGACACUCUAAAAGAACAAGAGGAAGAACAAGUGCAAGUAGAAGCAAAUAAGAAAAUGGCAGGUUUCAGUUACACGAAAGUGGGUGGUGAAAGCCAAGCUCAGAGAUCCUUCACUUCUAAUAGAAAGACAGACUUUUUAUUCAAUCAUAAAGCUCUACAAAAACUGAAUGCUGAUAGAUCGAUUAAAGAUGAUGUAGAAUUAUCAACCUCGGAAACAGAUUCAGAAUUUUAUGAUGAAUAUGAAGAUGAUAUAGCGCCCAAUGAUUAUUUAACAACAAGUAAUCAAUUGAAUGUAACAAAGACUCUGUUAAAUGACAAAGAGAAAUUAGCAUAUGCUGGUUCCAUUAAUGUUCUCGCAAAUCAAAUGUGUGCAGAUCUGGCCAAAGUAUGUUUAUGUGUAGAUAUCAAAUCACAUAAGAAAUUAGCGCGUCGUUUACAAUUUGCACAAAAAGAUAUAGCAUCCUGGAAACUAGAUAUAUUGUCACGAUUAUAUGAACAUUUAGAUGUUCCUGAAGAAGAUGUGCAAGUCAUUGAAAAAUUAUCAUUGCAUGGUAUUAGACUAGAAGAUUUAUGUAAAUGUUUAAAAACAACUCAAAAUGUCGAAAAUCCGUUAAAUAAAGAUGAUACGGAUGAUUUGGACGAUAUAGAUGAGGAAUCAACUAGUUUAUCCAAAACCAAUUCCAAGGAUAAUGAAAAUAAUGAAAUAAAUAAUGAUAAUGAUAAGACUAAUAACGAUUAUAAAGAUAAAAAUCAAAAAGGUAAUAAAACUACAAUACAUCCUACUGAUAAGGCUGGUACUGAUAUAUCGCCUGUGCACUCUAAUAAAAUAGCAAAUAAAACAUUAGAAGCUAUCAAUGUUGGAUCUAAUGAUGUCGCUAAUAAAACCUUGGAAAGUAUCAAUACUACAGAGAGAUUUAUAGAAACUCAAACUGAAACUUCGGCUUCUAAAAUAUCAGACGAAACUGGUGAUAUAGCAGAUUGGAGAAUAUCAGCCUUGGGUGGUUCAAUUAUUCCUGAGACAUCAUCUUCCAAUAUUUCCCCAAAGCCUGUGGCUCAACAAAGUUUAUUUGAGUCAAAUCCAUUUGCAGAUUCAUCGAGUCCUUUAUCGGGCAAUGAGCAUGAUAAUAAUGAUACUAGAAAUCCUUUUAGUGAUAGUAAUGCCCUAGUAAAAAAGAUAGAUGGCCCUGUUGAUGAGUCAAGUGAUACAAAAUCAACAACAUAUUCAGACUUCCAUGCUGCAGUUCCUACAACUGUUAUAGAUCCAGCUAACGUUAUGGAUCAAAAUGAGAUAAAUAUCGAUGUUGCUUGGACGAUUAUCUGUGACUUAUUUUUAAUUCUAUUACAAAAGUCAGUUUAUGAUUCACGGUCCAGAACUUUACUUAUUAAGUUUGCUAAAGUUUUAAACAUAUCAAAAAUGGAGAUUAAUGAAUUUGAAAAGCGUAUUACAGAUUCACUGGAUAUGGAGCAAUCCACAGAAGAACAACAAUGGAAUGAAUUAAAGCAUAUGAAAGAUAGAAGAAAGGAGAAUAGAAGAAAAAAAAUGAUGUAUGUUGGUCUUGCCAUGGUUGGUGGUUCAUUAGUCUUGGGUUUAUCUGGUGGUUUAUUAGCUCCUGUCAUUGGUGCUGGUGUUGCAGCUGGUCUUUCAACAAUCGGUAUCACGGGGGCCAGUUCCUUCAUAACAGGUGCAGGUGGUACUGCAAUCGUUGCUGUGACUAGUACAGCCAUUGGUGCAAACAUUGGUAGGAAAGGUAUGAAGAGAAGAAUGGGUAGCGUUCGUACUUUUGAAUUCCGUCCACUGCAUAAUAAUCGUCGUGUCAAUUUAAUUGUAACUGUUUCUGGCUGGAUGAUUGGUAAUGAGGAUGAUGUGCGUCUACCAUUUUCAACAGUUGAUCCUGUAGAAGGUGAUUUAUACUCUCUUUUAUGGGAACCAGAAAUGUUAAAGUCCACUGGUCAAACAAUUAAUAUUGUGGCAACAGAAGUUUUUACACAAGCCAUCCAACAAGUGUUGGGGGCUACCAUCCUUACUGCAUUUAUGGCUGCAAUCCAAUGGCCUUUAGCUUUAUCAAAAUUAGGUUAUAUCAUUGAUAACCCCUGGAAUGUUUCUUUAGAUAGAGCUUGGGCUGCUGGGUUAAUUCUAGCGGAUACGUUAAUUUCCAAGAAUCUAGGGCAACGUCCAAUUACUUUAAUUGGAUUUUCCUUGGGUUCGAGAGUCAUAUUUUCAUGUCUUGUUGAACUUUGUAGAAAAAAAGCGAUGGGCUUAGUUGAAAAUGUUAUAUUAUUUGGUACACCCACAGUUCGGAAUAAGCAGCAUUUAGUCAUGGCUAGAUCUGCAGUCAGUGGUAGAUUUAUUAAUGGAUACUCUGAUAAGGAUUGGGUUUUAGCAUAUUUAUUCAGAGCUACAGCUGGUGGUUUUAGUGCUGUUAUGGGGAUUUCUCCAAUUGAUAAUAUUGAAGGUAUCGAGAAUUUUAAUUGCACAGAAUUAGUUGAUGGUCAUAUGGCAUAUCGUAAAAAUAUGCCAAAACUAUUAAAAGAGUUAGGCAUUGCAGUGACAAGCGAAGAGUUUGCAGAAAUUGAAGAGAGUAUGGACCCAAAUGAAAUACAAAAGCAAAGAAAAUUAGUUCACGAUGUAGAUGCAGCUCAACAAAAGUUGUUAAAGAAGGGUAAGAAACGUAAUAGUUGGCUACCAACUUGGAUGAAACCAAAGAAAACAAAAUGGCAAACAAUGGUAGAAGAGGCUGUCGAAGAGGCUAAUGAUACCGAUUUGAAUGGUGAAUCAGUUACUUCUAACGAACCCAAAACUUCGGAGGAUAAGGACGAAUCACAAAAGAAAAAUGAUCCGGCCAUUGUUGAUCAUAGUGCGCUAAUGAUUGAAGUACAGAGGAUCAAAGCAGCAAUGCAUGAAGAUCUUUUAAGACAUGAAGCUGAAUUACGUAAGAAUCAAGAAGCUACUCUAUCACCAGCUGUUGCUAAUUUAGAUAAUGGAAAUAUGAAUAGCACUAAUACUACAACAGGCGUUAAUAUUAAGCAGACAAUUACCACUGACCAGAUAAGCGAACAAGAAGUUGUGACGCCAAAUCCUAAUUUUUCCUUAGAUAGCAAUUCUAAAAGUACUACAAUUGUUCAACUAGGUACAAAUAGCACUAUGUCUUCACCACAUAUCCAAAGUCCAAACCAUUUCCAAUUAAUGGGUGCUGGUAGACCCAUUUUACCAAAAGAUGAUGACAUGUAUAUGCGUCGUAAGGAUGUUAAAUACGAAUUUCCCGAUGACAUUUAA